UUUGCACAGUAGUUUACGUCAUCACAGGUAAUUAUAAUGAAUAUACAUAAUUCCCGAAUGAUUCACUCGUCUAAUUCUUAUGCAGUCUACCAACACAAUUUUAACAAGUGUCUCUCAAGGGUCCUCAUCGGUUGCAUCACGUUUCGUAUUGUUUCGUAGCCUGUUGAAUUUAAAAUAAAUUCUAAAGAAUUUUUAUUCGUGAUACACAAAAUAUUUAAAAAUCGUGCGAAUAGAAAUAUUAACUUGUAAAGUUUAAACAUCGUUUCGUAGUCAAUCGACUUUGACAAGUGUUUCCACGGGGUCAACAUCAGUUGCAUCACGGACGCUUUGUAUUCGAUUCUAGUAAUAAACUACUUGAUCUUAAAAAAUAAAUUCGAAAGGAGAAUAAAAUUUUCAGCGUGUUUUUCAAAUUUAUGUUGAAAAUUCGCGUGACACGAAUAUUAUAAUAAUCAGAAUAUAAAGUUUUAAACAAAUUCGAGUGUGUUUCUACGGGGUCAUCGUUACGUAAAUCACGGACUCUUCUUUUUUCCGAUUCUAAAAUAAAUUCGAAACGAUAAUAGUUGAGUGCUUCAAAGUAAGUGAAAAAUAUUAAUCGAGGUAAACAAAGAUUGCGUAAUAUUUUGCAAGAUUCAGAAAGGGGAACGAAGUGUUGUUAGAGAGGAAAUAGGAAACGACCUUGCAUGGUCGUCGACGUUUGAAGCGCAAGUGGUAUAUCGGUUAGAGAAAGUCAAUUCGAUCUUGAUAGAGGUGCACGAACGUGGUGGUGAACGUGUUACGAUACCUGACGAGGCGGCAAAAUGAAUUGGACAUUGAGCAGUGUCGGCAACGUGAUGAAUUUCGUGUACAACCAGAGUGUGACGAACGCUGUGCAGAACGUUAUACCGUUCGUCAAUCGAAGGGUGGACGACCUCUACAGGUUCAUCCAUGCGUGGGUGCCCUCGCUUUAUGGAGAGCUCGACGAGAAUUAUUGGCGGGAACGUGGGUACAUCCUGUUGGACACCGACACGGAUCUGUCGCCCGAAUUGUCGGGCGUGCACGAGGCUGGGAAAGCGGGGGAAGGAGCCACGGAGGAAGGGAAAUCUCGCCAAGACAGCGACGAGAUAUCCGAGCUGACGAGAGAAUCAUGGGAGCUGAUCAAGGCCCCCUACGUAAAGCUGUACAGCAUCCUGAAGACGUCGAGCACAUCGGCGGAUUCCGAGCAGAACCAGGACCCGGAGGUAUUGUCUAUGAGCGAGGAGCUCAGACGAGCUUUGUACACAAACAGUGCAGUCUCCAUAGACAAUGAUGUCAUCGUUCCUGAUCUGGUGGGAGUCACUGAGAUUUUAAGUGACGAGCACAGGGAACAAUUGUGCCGACAUUUACCUGCCAGAGCGGAAGGCUACCUGUGGACGCUUGUCUUUAGCACAAGUCAGCAUGGAUUCAGUUUAAACAGUAUGUACAGGAAGAUGGCUAAAAUAGAAAGUCCCAUCCUCUUGGUAAUCGAGGAUACCGAAGGCAAUGUAUUUGGUGCAUUGACUUCAUGCUCAUUGCAUGUGAGCGAUCAUUUUUAUGGAACCGGUGAAUCCCUUCUUUUCAAGUUCACGCCCAGGUUCCAGGCAUUCCAUUGGACUGGAGAUAAUCUCUAUUUCAUCAAGGGCAACAACGAAAGUCUCGCCAUCGGUGCUGGGGAUGGCAAAUUUGGAUUGUGGCUGGAUGGAGAUCUUUAUCAAGGCAGGACACAAUCGUGUAGCACAUAUGGAAAUGAACCAUUGGCGCCCCGAGAAGAUUUCGUGGUGAAAACCCUGGAAUGUUGGGCAUUCAUAUAGGACACAGCCCUGUAUUCAUUGCCUGCGAUUUCACCCUCGCCACAGCCUAAUAUGACUUGAAUCCCGAAUCUCGCGUGGAGGUUGAUCGUUAUCGGAGAAAUAUCAAAACAUAUGGAGGAUAAUUAUUAAAUAUUUCCGAGAGACAUUUUACCAGAGGAGAUUAAAAAUCGAUUAACGGGAUUACCGGUUAGCUCGAUUACCGUCGAUAGAUUUUUAAACAGAGAUCCUAGACGUAUUUUGUUAAAAGUUAAUAGAAAAUCAUUGAGUGAGAGAGAGAGAGAAAAAAAAAGAUAACGGAAUUGAUGUGAUUUUUUAUAGAAAGGUAAUACAAAAGUUGAUAAAAGAGAAAAGAUAGAUAGAGGGAGAGUAGUAAGAAAUGAUGAUAGAAAAUGAUGGAGGAAAACUGAAGGAGGUUAGGUCCUAACAAGUUAGGUCUGCUAAAAACUUUAAACUAAGGACUGCAAAUGACUAUAACCGAUCAAUUCGUUUAAUCGUUUGUUUUUCAUUUUGUUUUAAGUUGCGUAUUUAUUUUUUUUUAUAUAUAUAUAAAAUAUUCACGCAUAUAUAUGUUUCGUUUCGAAAGAGUCGUCGUUAUUUUAAUUAAUAAUUUUUUGAUUUCACGUAAUUUCGCGUGCCGUUUUUUGAGUAAAAGAUCGAAGGAUCGACCACGAUGACAAAUUUCUUACGUAUAAUGAUAAUGGGUUAAAAAUAAUAAUAAUAAUAAUAAUGAUAAUAAUGAUUAUUAUUAUGAUCGUGGUAUUGCCUUCGAACUAGUCGCGAGUAUAAUAAUAAUAAUAAUAAUAAUAAUAAUAAUAAUAAUAAUAAUAAUAAUAAUAAUAAUAAUAAUAUUAAUAAUAGUAAAUAAUGGAUCAUUUUUAGAGAUUAUGCAAUCGUUCAUUUGUUCCGAUGAUUGAUGAUAAUGAGUAAAAGAGAGAAUGAAAUGAAAGAGUGAAUGGUAAUCGAGAUUGAAAAAUAAAUAAUAUCUCCACGGUGGGGAGAAUCAAUAAUAAUGCGAGAAAGACGAAAGAAAAUCAUGAAUCGAAUGAUGAUAAUGAUAAUGUUGAUGAUAUAAUACUAUGAUACAAACACAACACUAUAAGAAUGCUAACCUAACCGUAUUUGUUGAUGUGUAGUUAUUGUAGAUAGAUAAAUGUAAAUAUAUAUAUUACGAUAAAUCGUUUAAGGUAUAUAAAAAAAAAAAAAAAAAGAAAAAAAAAAGAAAAAAAAUUAAUUUUAAUGAAGGAAGAAAAUACAGUAUAUGAUGAUACCACGCUAAUGAAGAGAAACACACACACUGUUGCAGAAGACACUCUGUGUAGUUUGUCUCACUGUAUAUCCCGAAAGACACACACACUGACUAUCUAUAAUAUAUAUAUAUGUACACGAAACACGUACUCUCUGUGUACACACGAUUCGAAAAUAUUUGAUCAUCAAUCGAAUCGAUACAAUGAUACUCUGAAUGUAAAACGAUCCUAGAGAAUCUGAGGGCAAAAGUAGCUUUAGAAGAAGAUAAACAGUUCGUACUGAUCUUAUAUCUCGCGUUUAACAAUAUUACAGUGAUAAAGAUCGUAAAAGAGAUUAAAAGCAUGGUACCGAUUAUAUUAUUGAUACACGAAGAAAAGCGAACAGAUAUAGAAAAAAAAUGCGAAUAGAAGAGCAGCGCGUUCGCUUCUUGUGUCUCAAGUGACCACAACGAACACACGCCUGUGCCUCGCUUCGCUCUCUUUCUCUCCCUCUGCUAUAGAGCACACAUAUUUACACAUAAUACUUCAGUUUUUCUCUGAUGAAGAAGUAAAGUAUCAGAGCCGAAGAAAAGAAAGCAUGUUGUUGUGAUGAUGCUCUUGUGUUUUUUUUUUCUUUCAUAAGAGUUUCGCGCAAAACUCAGACAAUAAAAAAGAGUCUCAUCAUGGUAUUUUUUCUUUUUCUUUUUUUCUUUUCUUUUCUUUUCUUUUUUUUUUGUUACAUAUAAUAACUUUCUCUUUCAAGAAAUGAAUCAGAAUACAUACCAUUUCAUAGCAUUUGCAGAUAGGUGUAUUGAGAAGAUGGUAUGUAAUUUGUGUUUCAUUGAAAGAAGAGAAAGAAUUUUGCAAGAUAUUUGUAUCAUAAGUUUUCUAUAUUGCUCGGCUCUGAAUAUUAAUAAAUUGAUAUCAAUCAUACACAACCACACACGACCAGAAAAAAAUUAUCUGAGCUUAUAGUCUCUUACUAUGUGAAUUAAUUAGGAUCAAUAGACUGUCGCGAGAGACUCCACCGUUUCUAUCGCUUUUUAAAUAUGAAUUUCCGUUUAUCAUUGAAAAAAAAUCAUAGGAAAAGAAUGAUAGAUAUUAAGUAUUAUUUAACUAUAUAAAAGGAAAACACACCUUUUUAAGAACAUUAGACAUCGGAUAUAGAUUUUAAUCGAUAUUAUUAUGUAAAUUGAUUUGUUUCAAGAAAUCAGAUUGAAAAAUUAGGUUUGAAAGCAAGUUUAUUUUGUACUAUGAAAAGGAUUUUCUAAUACCUUCACAACGAGACAUCGAGAAAAAAUAAAAAAAAAUUGAAGCAUUUUAUACUGUAGUGAGACACACGAUUACUUCCAUCUUAUUAAAAACAAUUUCCUAACUCUCGUGAUGUUUCUACGAUUUUCGAUCUUCCAUAGAAUGCUGCUUUUUUAAAAAACUUAAUCAUUAUAGAUAUUUCUAUGAUGAAAUUAAUCGAAUAUAAAUAACCAUUCAUUGAUUUUAUUUCAUUCGAGAGAAAAUUUAAGAAAAGCAACAUAAUACGAUAUAAUGGAAACUAUUGUUUCUACUAUAUUCAAUGGCACAUCGGAUAAGAUUCGAAUAAAUGCAAAUAAAAAUGGGAGAGAAACGAAAAUCGUAAAUCUAAACGAGUACAUGUCCGUGCACUGGUUAUAAAACGCACUUUAAAAAAAACAAAAAACUAACAAGUAAAAUCGUCGUUUAAAACAGAGUAAAUUUCAUUGAAUAAGCUUUUAAUCAAAGAAAAUAAGAAAAUUUAUUUAAAAAAAAGAAAAACCGGGGAAAAUGCAGCUAUGAAGAGAGCACAAAAAUAUAUAUAUAUAUAUUCAAAUUGUGUAGCUAUCCUACAAGCUUCAUUAGAAAUAGUUUUCAAGUACAUUGUACACCGUCUUUUAUAUGUUUAGACAUAUAAAAGUUUUAAUGUCUAUAAGAACAAAAAUACGUACUCUAUAGACAUACUUGUGAUACUAACGAAUUAAAAAAAGAAGAAGAAAGAAAAAAACAAUAAAAUAAAGUUCGCUUCAAAUAUAUUAUUUAGGGCAAUUGUUUCUUUCGUGGCAGAGAAAAAAAAAUUAUAAGAAUUAAAGACGUGCGAUUUUCAAAUAGAAUUCUGAUAAUAAUAAUGUGUAAUAUAUGUAAAUCAGUCAGGACAAUACAAACUAUGUAGAAUGUGAGAGCAUUCUAACAACGAUAAAGAGAGGAAAGAAAAAAAAAAAAUGGAAAGAGAUGCGAAGUAAAUUUUGUAUAUGGCAAAUUUUUCUCUUUCUUUUCUGUUCUGAAACGACUCACGAUCCUCGCCUUUAAAUACCGAAGAUCAUGGUAUAAGUGUAAUAUUGUAAUAUGAAAUAAAAAAAGAUGAUGUGUGUCUAUGUAAAAAUAA